UUUUUUUACGAGAAGACUCUCAUUCUUCAUUCAGCUUGUCAGCGACAUAAGAAGGAAGUCUAAUCCUAUCAGCGUUGCUGGAAACUCAAUUGACUUCGUACAGUAAGAUUUGGUGAGGAUUUUCUUCGCUUUGGGCUGUAUAUUCGUAACCACAAUACCGCCUCAACGACUAUAUUCCAGAUUUCCAAUCGGAAGGAGACCGCCAACAAUGGCCGAUGACACCUCCGCAUCCGAUACCAAUUCCCAUCCCUCCAUCGACCCCUCUUCCUUUGAUCUAAUCGUUGUCGGCACCGGCUUGCCGGAAUCCAUUAUCGCCGCCUCCGCCUCCUCCGCCGGGAAAUCCGUCCUCCACCUCGACCCCAACCCUUUCUAUGGUUCCCACUUCUCAUCUCUUUCCCUCGCUUCCUUCUCCUCUUUCCUUCACCAACGUUCUCGCCUCUACUCCCACGUUGAAAUCUCCUCCCACUCCCCCCAAACCCUAGAUGAACAUUCCAGAAGAUUUUCCCUCGACCUCUCCGGUCCCAGGCUCUUCUUCUGCGCCGAUCCCAUGGUCGAUCUCAUACUCAGGUCCGGCGCCAGUAACCACCUCGAAUUCAAGAGUGUCGACGCCAGCUUCCUCUACCGUGAGGGCCACCUUUCCCCUGUCCCUGACUCUCGUGAGGGCAUCUUCCAGGACCGGACCCUUGGUCUGACUGAGAAGAGCCAGCUGAUGAGGUUUUUCAAGCUUGUCCGGGAGCAUUUUGCAUUGGAUGGCAGCAGCGGCAGCACUGGUGGUGGGAGCGUUGAUGAGGAGAGGAAGAGGAUUCCCGAGGAGGAUUUGGAGAGCCCGUUCGUGGACUUCUUGCAGAAGCAGCGGUUGCCGCCCAAGAUAAAAGCGAUGAUUUUGUAUGCUAUAGCCAUGGUAGAUUAUGAUCAAGACAGCCCAGACAUUUGCCAGAAGCUCACUAAGACAAAAGAUGGAAUGGAAAGUUUAGCUCUUUACAACUCUUCAGUUGGCAGGUUUCCCAAUGCAUUAGGGGCAUUCAUUUAUCCCAUUUAUGGGCAAGGAGAACUGCCACAAUCAUUUUGCCGUUGUGCUGCGGUUAAAGGUGCUCUCUAUGUCCUACGUAUGCCUGUGACUGGUUUGCUUCUUGAUGAGGAGCAUGGGCACUAUAAAGGUGUUAGAUUGGCGUCUGGUCAGGAGCUAUUCAGCCAUCAACUAGUUGUGGAUCCAUCUUUUGUAGGCCCACUACUCUCUUUUUCUUCCUCAGAGUUGCAGCAUGAAGGUUUAAAUCCAGGAGAUGUUACAAAUGCUUCAAGCCCAGUGAAACAAGUCUCUAGGGGAGUAUGCAUAAUCAGGGGUUCCAUACAGCCAGAGUUACCAAACUUGCUGGUAGUUUUUCCUCCUAGAUCGUUGUACGAUGAGCAGGCAACAUCUGUCCGAGCUCUUCAGUUAGGAAGCAAUGUAGCAGUUUGUCCUUCAGGCUUGUUUGUUCUGUACCUAUCAACUCUUUGUGACGAUGCAGUUCAAGGGAAAAAAUCUAUACAUGCAGCGGUGAAUGCUCUUUGCACAAUUCCAGUUUCUGAGAACUCUGAAGACAUUUCAGUAGUGCAUGAAGGUGUAGAAGUAGAACCAAAACCCAUUUUAUUGUGGAGUUCUAUGUAUGUUCAGGAGCUCACGAAGGGUUCGUUUGGCAUUGUCAGCUCAUGCCCCAUGCCAGAUGGGAAUAUUGACUACAGGGAUCUUUUGGAAUUAACAACGAAGUUGUUUCACAAAAUGUAUCCUCAGGAAGAUUUUUUCCCUGAGAAUACAAUGCCCAGAAAUCCAGAGGAUGAUGAUGGUUCGCUUGUCUGAUUCUCAACCCUCAGGGAUGAAAAUGUUGUACUUGAUUUGCUGAUGAGUGAUCGGGUGAUUAAAAAUUACAGUUUUUAUAAGAGUAGAGUCAGUAAAGCCGGCCCAAAAAGUUAAAAAUUUCAGUAGAUAUAUGUGUUCAUGGUUCUAGCUUUGCAUAGAUGUCAAGUGUUGUUUAAGAUGCAAUUGGUCCCAUUAACAGAUCUGCUGCUGGGACCCAGUUUCGUCAGAUUUUAUUCUGCUUUAACGAAGCUCAUUAGAUGAAAGGUGCACAUAUUUUGCCAAUAUAGAGAAGAGAGAUGAUAGCUGGCCUGCAGAGGUGGGGAUAUUAUUUAUCAGUGUUCUUUUAUUACAAAAGGCAAUGGAUGUACUGCUGUUUCACCUGUGCACCGUGGGAAAUAUACAGUUGUUCUCUUUGGCAAGGGAAAACACACCCAGUUUAUUGACUUAUUUGCAUCUCUUCUACAUUUGAAUUAAAUCUAUAUUUUCUUUUUGGA